AUGAGUACCCACGAGAUCGCUGUCAACGUGUUUGAAGUGCUCACACUUUCCACCACUCUAUUGCUACGCAUUUCGUUGAUACCGGACUUUCGACGAAUGCACAAGAACCAUAGCACAGGCGAGAUGUCAGUCAUGCCGUGUCUCUUGCUUUUUACGAAUUGUUAUGUCGGCAUGUUCUACGCCAUAGCUGUGAACAACAUGAUGCCACUAUUUGCGCAAGCGAUUGUGGGAGUUGUCACGGGUAUUUUCUUCAACUACUUCUUCUACCGCUGGGCUGAGGACAAGCGCGCUGUCGUAAAAGCUUUCAUCGGAUCCUUUACUGUGUGCUUCAUUGUAACACUCUAUAGUGUACUCGCAUUAGCCGGAUACACGAACCAAUCUCAAGAUUCGGUCAGUACAACGUUGGGUUUCAUGACAAUUGGAACGAGCGUUGGGAUGUACGUGUCACCAAUGGCCACCAUCGCAACAGUUCUUCGAACAAAGACUGCGUCGUCAAUGCCAUUUACAAUGGGUGUUGUCAAUGUCUUUAACAGCUUUAAUUGGGCAACAUACGCUGCUUUGGUCGACAACAAGUUCAUUUUGGGCCCAAACAUUGUAGGGUUUAUACUAGGUUGCAUUCAAUUGAUUCUCACGUUUGUCUACAGACGCGCGACUUCUGAGAUGAUUGAAGACGUCAAACUUGACGGAAGGGUGUCAGUCAUCAUUCUUUCUUCAGACCGUGGCGGUGAAAGAAUUGUGCUUUCCUCUCGUGGAAAGAGUCCAAGCUUCGCUGCCGUCAAAACUCCAUUAAACGAGGGCAAGAUUACAACCAAUGCUUGA